AUGCAAUCAGCUCCGCCGCCACCGUAUACUGAGAAAGUGUCUUAUGAAUCGGCGCCGCCUCCCGUUCAAACAGCUCAACCAAUUUUUUUAGGAUCACCGGUGGUUUCUAUUGGUACAUAUCCAGUUCAAUGCAUAUGUCCUCAUUGUCGCACACAGAUUGUCAGUCAAACAGCGAAGAAGCCUGGCCUUCUUGCUUGGCUUCUCUGCGGUGGAAUGGCUUUGCUUGGUUUUUGGUUGUGCUGCUUUAUUCCAUUUUGUAUUGACUCUUGCAAGGAUACGGAACACUAUUGUCCAAAUUGUCAUAUUCUGCUCGGUGUCAAUAAAACGAUUUGA